AUGGAAGACUAUAAAUGCACCAGUUGCUUUGAGGAUAUAUAUAUAAAUAGUGACAAGGAGUUGUUUUAUUUCGAUAUAUGUAAACAUAAAAUAUGUGGUGAAUGCUUAGAGAAUCAUUUAAAUAAGCAUAAUAAGCAACACUGUCCUCGUUGCAAAGUGUCAAUAACCAAAAAGAAUGUUGUUCCUUUUGAUAUAGAAGAACGAAUAUACUCAAAUCAAAAAAAUAUACGAUCCAAAUUGAUGGAAAUAUUUAAUAAAAGAAGACAUAAUUUUGAAAAUACACCUUUAUAUAAUAAUUAUUUAGAAAAAAUUGAAGAUAUUAUAUAUAUGUUAACUAACGAAUGUGAUGAGAAAAAACGAAAAAUUAUUGAGUCAUAUAUAAAAAAGUAUGAAAAGGAAAACAUCAAAUUGAUAGAAGAAAAUAAUGCUCUUAUAUAUGAAAAUGAAAAAAAAAAAAUCCAUGAUAUAGUAAAAGAAGAAGGGAAUUUAUAUGAAAUAAUUAAACAUAGACCUAUAAUAAAUAAAUCAAACAAUGAGACUUAUGUUCAUUCAUUAAUUAAAGAAAACCCUAAGCUAUUUGAUGAAAUAAAGGUAACCAAUAUAUCCGAAUCACAACCACAACCAUUAAAUGCAUCUAUUAAAAAUGAUACAGAUAUACCUGUGCGAAAAUUUACUUCUGAAGAGGACUUAAAAAAGUCCGACUACGCUGGGGGGUAUAACCCCUCUAUCGUCUUUAAAAGGUGUGACACAGAAUUUAACUCCACCAUAUACUUCAACAUAUAA